AUGGGGAUCACCGGCUCGAAGAAAGAGUUCACCAACUUCGACCGCGAAUCCAACUACACGAUUCUCUUGCUUGGCCAAACAGGCUCUGGCAAGACAUCACUGUUGAAUCUCAUCGCAAAUUUCGGAGGUGUUCUGCGCCUCCUCUUCGAUAAAGAGCAAAUCCUCACCCAUGAGGAACUUGCGAGGUUCGGUCAAGCUCGUGUCUCCGACUCGACGCUGGAGAACGCCGUAGAUGAUCCCAUGGCCAGCAAGACAUCCGAUGCAAAGGUUUACCAAAUCACUUUGGCAAGCAACUGGCACUUCACGAUCAUCGACACGCCCGGCUUCGGUGACUCCAGAGGCGUGGAGGAGGACAAGAAGCAUGUGGAGCGAAUUAUGGCUUGCUUGCAAAAGGUCACCACGAUCAACUCCGUCAUGCUGGUGAUGAACGGGCGCGACUCGCGCAUGACAGCAACGAUGAACUAUGUCAUCGCUCAGUUGACUGCCGUCAUGCCCAAAGCCGUGCUGGACAACAUCGUAGUUGUUUUCACCAACACCGAGAAAAAGUCAAAGCUCAACUUUGACCGAACAUGUUUGAAGCAAGUCUUGCAGAAAGACCCCGAGUUCCAGUGCAUCGACAACCCUUUCGGACAAGUGAAGUCUUCCAUCACAAAGGAUGACAUUCCUGACGAGGAGGAGCGCGAGGAUCUUACAAAAGAGAUCCGCAAAGCGUUGAAGACGAUGGAGGACCUCGGAUGGAAGUUGCAUGACUUGAAGCCAGUUCCUUCCAAGCGCUUUGCUGAGUUGAAUGAAAAGCGUGAGCGGAUUGAAGCUCUUCUGGCAAACAACUUAGAACAGAUGGCAGAGCACGAUCGUCUCAUGUCAGAUUUGCAGCAGCAUCAAGAGGAGAUUCGGACCAAGGGAGUGGUAGUGCCAUUGACACGAGAGGUUCGGAGGUGGCAAUUGGUUCUGGGCCACUUCGACUCACCCCACUACGUGUGCCGCAGGAAGGAGUGCCACUGCAACUGCGAGCCUGCGAAGGUCAUAGCUCCGCUUGCUUCGCUUUGGUGCUUCUUCCACAAACAGCAUGAGUGCAGGAAGUGUGGCCACAGCUAUGAAGACCACGCCGUGACACGCGCUGGUUGGAAGUCGGAGCUUGUUAUCGAGAAUGUUGACUUGGGAGAUGACAAAGACGAAGCAACAAAGCGCCUUGAGGCACGAAUCCAGGCAGCCUCGCAGGAGAAGUGCAGGCUUGCUCAGCAGCUGGACCAGGCUCUCGACGAGUAUGCAAGUCUCGGCCUUCGGGAUGCAUACGUGCACUUACUCCGCAGCCAAAUUGCGGUUGUGACUGAGCGCAUGGCUGCGAACCCAGACGACGCAACCUUGAGGAGCUUCCAAAACACUUUGGAACAGAACUUGGCAGAGGUUCAGAAUGCAUCAGAUGCCACAUGCUGCAUUUGCUACGAGAAUCUUGCCAACACGGAGCUGAACUGCGGGCAUAAGCAGUUUUGCUACGAGUGCAGCAGUGGCCUUGGAACAUGCCCCUUGUGUCGGGAGAUCGUCACAGCAAGGAAACUCAUGUCCCCGACGGUCAGCACAGCAGCCUCAAGCUCGUCCAGCCGGUGCCUUUCAUGCGGGCCUGAGGCAGCGGGCCAAACGGGCUAG